GCCGGGUCGCGUCCCUCCUUCCCUCCCUCCGUCUCCUUGCAGGUGGCUCUGGGCCGUCCCCAUGGCGGAGAAGUCGGACUCCCGGGACUCGGACAGCAGCUGGGUGCUGGCGGGCAGCGAGGGUCUGCCCAUCGACACGGUUGGUCCGGAGCGGGAUUCGGUCUCCCACGGGGCUGAGGAUGAGGACCCGGAGGAGGAGGAUGAAGGCACCCAGGACACCGUCACAGCCGUGGCCGCCAACAGCACACCCGCCUUCCCCGGCCAGGCCCAGCACCCCAAGGGCAGCGGGCUGGGGGGCCCAGAGGAGUGUUGGGACCCCAAGGCUGGGGCAGAGCCCGCCCCGAAUGGCUCCAUGGAGCCCGGCGUGCCAGACGGCGAUGAGCAGGAGGAGCCCGAUGCCGAGGCUGAGCCGGGACCCUGCCCUGACACCCCCAAAGCAGGGCCACCAAUGGAGGAGGGGAGCUGCACCAGCAGUGACGAUGAUGUGGAGGGGCUGCGGCGACGGCAGGGCCACGAGCCCCAUCCCAGGCCCCCCGCUCCCGCGCCUGCCCCACGCUGGGGGAUGCCGGACGCCGGUGCUGAGGACGGGCUCAGCAUGAGCAAGUACUUGCUGGGUGCCUUGGCGCUGGUGGCCGUGGGGCUGCUGAUCAUCUCCGGUGGCAUCUACGACCCGGCGGAUGGCCCCGUGGGGAGUGUGCUGAGCCGGGACGUGGCAGCCGGGGAGCAGGAGUCACCGCUGCCUGCUGACGGCAAUGACUCGCAGCAGAAGCCCCCCCCGUCAGGUGCCGGGGACCCCCAGAGCGUGCAGUCCGUGAGCCUCCUCCUGGACAAGCUGGCCAAGGAGAACCAGGAGAUCCGGCUCAUGCAGGCAGAGCUGCAGGCCCACAAGGAGUAGCGGCAUGCCCUGCUGCAGAAGGGCGGGGGCGAGGCGGCGGCAGCCGGGGCGCAGCAGCAGAGCCUGGCCGCGGAGCGCCCGGCUGUGCACGCAGCGCUGGAGCGGGAGGCCACCGCGCUCCGCAACCCAGUGCAGAAGGCACAGUUCCUGCGGCUGCUGGAGGGCUUCAUGGGGCGGCUGGGCUGGAGGGGGCACUUCGGGAGGCUGGCGGCACGGCUGGACGGCGCCUUCAGGGCCAACGGCUCUGUCGCCCAUGACCGCCUGCGCUUCGUCGACUUCGUGGAUGAUGUGGAGGAGCUGCUGGAGGAGGUGGCGCGGUGGGAGCAGGGCGACGAGGAGGCGGCCGACGGCUUUGAGGAGUAUGUGCUGCAGCACUAUGCCAGGGAUGGCAGAGCCGCUGGGAAGGAGCGGGGCCGGAGAGCCACGCAGCAGCACAGCACGGGGGGGUAGAGCCGGGGGGC